AUGGAUACCGUGCUGGAUGCCAAUGGAGCCUGGACAAUGACUCGCUCUCACAAGGCCAACGACCGUGACCACAAGGGUCUUGCCGAUGGCAGUGCCCCUCCCUCUGAGCAUCUUCCUCGUUUCUUUGCCAAGCACGGUCACGCGGACACCGACCCCAAGAAGAUCAAGAAGGACGGAUCUGGCCGAGGCAAUUGGGGAUCCUUUGGCGAUGAUGUUGUGGAAGAUGAAUUCCGCUUCACCAAUGCCCGCCGCCGCUCCAACAGCAGCAACUUCUCUCACCACAUCACCGACUUCAAGACAAAGUUUGAGGUCAAUGAGCAGGAACCUGUCUUCGAGGAGUCCGUUCACGGCCCCCAGGAAGACGAGGAGGACAUUGACCUCUCCAAGACCGACUCGUCCGAGAGCGGCCGCUCAUCGACUUAGAUGACUUAAUAUGAAUCGUUGUCAUCAGAUCAGCGGUCAUAUGCUCAUUGCCGGAGUCGGCAAUGACAUUAUUGGGGGUCCAACUGUACUGAGGUUCGUUUGCUUUGGCUUGCUCGGCGGGGAGUUUAUUUUUGACGCCAUGAAACGAGCUGGAAUGAUAUGAAAUGGGAAACACACAAACACAACAUAACUUUUUUUGGAGAGGGAUGAGAACAUUCUGGGCCAGCCGGCAGGGUCAUCGGAUGGGAUAUGGGCGGAGUUGACGGACCCUCGUGACUAUUUGCAGAUCUCGAAGUGGAUGACGGUUUAUCACCACGCUCGCCGGACACGGUGUCCUGGCGGGAGGAGAUGUAUUACUGUAUCAAUAACUAGCUUUACUAUUUGAUGGAUGGGGUAGUAGACUACUAGAGAUUCCGAUAGCGGAAUCCAGAGAGUCGAAAUCGAUCAUCCACUUGUACCACA